AUGGCAAGGGCCGCGAAGGCCAAGAAAGGCAAGGUAAAAGCUGAGGACGAGAGUUCUUCCCAUGGUGGUAGCGAGGUGCAGGCCACGGAAGAGGCUGCCGGGGAUGAGCUUGCCGGGGAUAACCUUGCCGGGCUAGAGGCUCUAGCCACGGCAGCAAUGAUACUCCAGGAGGAGGAGGAGGAGAUUGGCGAGGUGGCGGAACCCGAGGAGGAGUGGCUUAUGGCCGGGUCUCAAGCCCCCAAGCCGGUCUUGGACCGCCCUCCUAGACGUGCUGCCAACCGAGGGGCGGCGGCUCCCAAUCCGGUGCCCGUCGCCAAGAGGGUGAAGAAGACCACUACCAAGGCCACCAAGGCUGAGGUGGCGUGCCGCCAAUCUCCUCGCCUUGCUCAGACCAAGGCUUCCCCCGCCGAGCAAUCGGCGGACGUGGAAGUGGAUUCCAGCUCCCACUCCGGCUCGAGUUCCUCACAGAGCUCAUCUUCCCCGGAGCCCCCGGCGACACGCCGGACGCCGAAGCCGUUGGGGAGUUAUGUCCCUCCUCCUCCAAAGAGAGGGAGGGAGCCCUCGCCUCCCAUGGAGUUCAACUUGAACUCCAUGCUCAUUCAAAAAGAGGAAGUGGAGGAGGACACGGAAGCUCUCAUCUACCGCCCACAGAAGAAGCUCCGAUGUGCCAGGUCAUUGAGGGGCGCGAAGAGCUCGGCCUUGGUGGGGAGCGAUGCAGAGGGUCUCGUGCCGAGCCCCUGGCCAGGAAGCGAUGGGGAUGGCCUCCCUGUUCCCUCGACCGGAGUGGGAGGUCAGACGACGCAGGGCAAGCUCCUACCGGAGGGGCAUGCCUCCCCCGUCAACCAAGCCGAAAGAAUCCCCACGAAGCCCUCCGCGGACGAGGUCCCGCAGAAGGCUGUCGUGACUAUCACAGCUAAGGGAGAAGCACAUGGCCCGGCAACGGACACUACCGAGGAAACUGAGAUCUCUGCCCGGCAGACGCCUCCAGCCCCCAAAGCCGAGGAACCAGAGCUACUGGAGGUGGUGGCUGACAUAGGAAGGGCUGCUGCAGAUGAGGCCGUUGAGAUUGCCGCUGCUGAGGGACAAGACCUUGCUGCCGGGAAUGCCCAGGGUUCCUUGGCGGUGGUAGAGCAUUCUUCGGAGAAUCUCCCAAAGGAGGAAGCGGCGGUUGAGGGAAAACUUCCUCUCCAAACCAUGGACCCGCUUCCUUCUUCUGGGAUCAUCAUGGAGAUUCCGCCGCCCCUCUCAAGCACACUGGCCAUGGUGUUGUCGCCGCCUGGAACCGGAGCCCCCGACCCAUUUUUGAUGAUGGGCGCGGAGCUCGACGAAGAGCUUCAACGCCUCCUGUCACCGUUGUAUCAGGGAGCUAGAGAGGCCGAGGACUCAGCUGCCGUCGCAAUGGACUUGUCCUUCUUGGAGUCCAUGGCGACGGGCGUGAAGGAGAUGCAGGCCCGGCACAACUAG